AUGGCUCAAGGUGGGUCUUUUCCACGGACAGGAGCGUCCACAACUUACCAUGAUAUACAGUUGGAGAAGGACCUGGGCGGUCGUAUGGUGCUCCACGGGACGCCUGAGGACAUAAGGGGCCAGUAUGAUCAGCUGGUUGCAGUAUUGCUUCCUCAACUUCCACCGCCGUCGGAUGCCGUCGAGAGCAAAGAUGGCGAAGUCGACGGCGUCAAAUACCGGCUUUACACGCCCAAGGAGGCUUCGAAACAGGGAGCGCUUCCUGUUGGCGUUCUGACACACGGUGGCGGGUGGAUGACGGGCGAUCUCAACUCAGACGAUCUUCUUUGCAGAGUUGUUGCCGAGCAUGUCCCGUCCAUCAUCGUCAGUGUCGACUAUCGCCUUUCGCCAGAGCACAAGGUCCCUGCACAACUGGAGGAUAGCCUGAAGAUCUAUAGAUGGGCCCACCAAAACGCCAGCUCUUUCGGUGGUGAUCCAAACAAGUUUUACACCAUUGGUGACUCUGCGGGUGGCGCGCUGGCACUUCAGGUCGCCAAUCAACUGGUGAAGGAGCCCUCACAACGCGAUGCCAUCAAAGGUAUUGCUGCACUCGUCCCCUGCACCCUUCAUUGGGAUCAUGUGCCGGCCGAAUACCAGGCCAUGUAUACCUCGUACGAAGACAACAAAGAGAAUGUGCCAAUCAUUGACAAGGGCUCCAUGAAGACUUUCUACGAGCAUGCCGGCGCCGACCCAGAAGACGCCGACACCUUUGUAGCUUUGGCCACGGAAAACCAUAAGAACUUCCCGCCAACAUACUUUGUCAGUUGUGAGAAAGACCCUUUGAGAGAUGAUGCUCUUGUGAUGGAGGAGGCGCUGAAGAAGGCUGGGGUUCCCACGAAGCAUGAUCAUUACAAGGGUCUGCCACAUAUCUUCUGGAUCUUCCCGGCGAUACCUGAAGGACAACAGUUUGUGGAAAAUCUGAUUGCCGGGGUCAAGUGGUUGAUCUCCCAGAUGUGA